UCUCCCUCUCUCUAGUAGUGUAUUUAGUGCAGUGUGGUUGAGUGACGUCUCCCGCAACAUCACGGUCUGUAGUAUCAGUGCAGCAAGAAGCCGACAGCAGAACAGAUACCGUGGACAGCGCACCUCCUGUCUCGAAACCAUAGUCAUCCACUUGCAAGCGGGUUACAGCAACACAACAGUGAUGGAGCAACUAGAAGCCUUUGACAAACAGUUAAAUGCUUUUGUGGAUUAUUUGUUUGGACCUAGAGAUACCAGGGUCAGAGGAUGGUUCAUGCUGGAUUCCUGUUUGCCGACAAUGUCUCUUACCCUUUUGUACCUGCUCAUUGUAUGGCUGGGAACAAUAUAUAUGAAGAACAGACAUGCGUAUUCCUUAAAGGGUGUUUUAGUUGCAUAUAACUUUUCAGUAACCAUGCUGUCUCUGUACAUGCUCAUUGAGUUGAUUGCAUCAACAUGGGAGGGUGGUUACAAUUUGCAGUGCCAGAAUCUCCACAGUGCUGGGGAAGCGGACACAAGGGUUGCCAAGGUGCUGUGGUGGUACUAUUUCUCCAAGCUGAUUGAGUUCUUGGACACCAUAUUCUUUGUUUUACGGAAGAAAAACAAUCAGAUUACUUUCCUUCACGUGUAUCACCAUGCAUCAAUGUUUAACAUCUGGUGGUGUGUUCUUAACUGGAUACCCUGUGGGCAAAGUUUCUUCGGUCCUACCCUGAACAGUUUUAUCCAUGUAUUAAUGUACUCCUACUAUGGGCUAUCUACAUUUCCUUCAAUGCACAAAUACCUCUGGUGGAAGAAAUAUCUAACUCAGGCUCAACUGAUUCAGUUCCUGCUCACUAUAACACACACACUCAGCGCUGCUGUUGUACCUUGUGGUUUCCCCAUGGGCUGCUUGAUGUUCCAGUCUUCUUACAUGGGCACUUUGGUUAUCCUGUUUCUUAACUUUUAUGUAAAGACAUACAAGAAGAAGCUUUCAAGAGAAGAUGGAUGGGUCACAGCUGACAUUAAGGAAGUCAAGAAUGGCUAUCACAACGGAUAUGCAACAACAACUAAUGGCACAGUGUCAAAACAGAAAGCACAAUAGAAUUAGUAAUAUCUAGAAUGCAGCAAAAAGAACUGGACAGGUAGCAACAAGACUAUAGGGUGUGGUUGACACUGUAUCCAUAAGAGGAUUAAAACCAUAGUAUCAUUUGCAUAGCAGAUUGACCUAGAAACAGUUUCUGGAAAAUAACCCCUUAUAAGAGUUUAUGAAUAUAAAACUUUAAUAACGCAAACCAUUCCUUGUAUAACGUAAAAGAUAAGAGCCAGGUUUACUAACCCUAUCUGUCCCCUGACUGAACACUAAGCUACGUUUUUAUGUUCCACUUGGAUUGAAAUCUCUCCAACUCACGUGAGUGGUUCCCUAAUGACAUGAGGCAGGUUUAAAUCUCCAACUGCAGAACAUGCUGUGUCUUCUGAACAUGAAGGCUGUGAAUAUGUUAUAUAUUUCACAUGUAACCAGUACAGUUGAUGGAGCAGAUGGUAUUGUAGACUGUGAUGUGAACCGACAGCAGCCCCAGUUUGAGAUUGGAACAAGAUUGAGUUUUACACACAGGUUUCAUUAUCUAGCUGAAAAUGUGACAGCUUUUCAGACUCCCCUUAGUGCAAGAGCUUUAUAUAAUAUAAUAUCUGUAAUUUACAUAAUAUAAUAUCUGUAAUUUUUCUACAGAUUUAAAUACAGAGUACACUAACUGCUAAAUCCCAAAUUUAAUCGCAGUUAAGUAUUGAUAGGUGUAAUUUUAUACUUGUAUACUUGUACUUUAAUGAGUGCAAAUGUGUGCUGCUGCUUUCCAGGACCUGGAACAUGACAUUGGAUUUAAAUAGCCUACAUAUUAAUUCCUCAAGAUGUCAAUCCCUUUGCAAUUUCAUCCCAAGGAUGCAAACCACUGUUGAAACACAACCUUCUAAUGCUUUAAUAGAUCUUCUUAUGAAGCAAAUGUACAGUCACAUCCUCUUCACUGUUGCUACCUGUCCAGUUUCCUUGGAUACUGUUUCCCCACUGCUGUAUCAUUGAACUGGUCAAAUCACUUUUACUCCACUGAACAUCAGCACCAGAAGUGCUUUAAUGAAAAUCUAGUUCAAAUGGAGAGGAACAACUUUUAUGUAGAGGUUUAUAUACAAUAUAACAGCUUGUACCUAAUUUUGUAUUUAGUGUUUAACCUUGUUUUUUUACUGCUUGUGUCUGACAAUGAAAACUGUUGGAGUGCUCUUGGAGUCCUAUAUUCAGUAGGCACACUAAAAAAAAAAAAUGUAUUAAAAAAACACUCUAGAGUAAGUUCAGAUUCAAAUCAAGUGAAACAAAAGUUGCUUAAAACACAAUAAAACUAACUAAUCUUCUGUCAGUAUCCAGACAGGCAUGAGUUAUUAUGUAAAGGUAAAAUGCAUAGCUUUGUAAACUAUGGCAGCACCUGCAUAUCCAAAUGAAUUAGUUUCAGGGUCCAUUGGAUAUGUACAAAUAUAUCUCAGAGGGAGUCGUUAUA